UAUCUAGCCUCGUAUAAAACACGAGGUAAUCCCUUUAAUACAACCAUUUGUGAACUGAAAUAAAGACAACCACAUGUUAACGUUAUAAGACCAGGACUAUUUUCACUGCAUAGGCAAGGAUGGAAUCGUUAAAAGACAAAGUUGCUAUAAUAACCGGCGCCAGUUCCGGUAUAGGGGAAGGGGUUGCGGUUCAUUUAGCGAGUCUAGGAUGCCGCCUCGUGCUUACCGGAAGGACGCAGGAAAAACUGGACCGCGUGAUUAAGAAAUGCCGCACCGCCGGAUGUGCUGAGGGAAAUUUGGUGGCAAUUUCCGGUGACAUCACGACCCACGCCACGCGGAUGAACGUCGUCGAACAAGCGGAAGUUCGGUGGGGUCGCCUCGAUAUUCUGAUCAACAACUCUGGUAUAGUCUGCACCACGAGUCUCGCUAACGUCACAAAGGUAGACUAUGACCUCACGUUCGACAACAAUAUUCGAUGUCACGUGCUCAUGACGAAAGCUUGCCUGCCAUAUCUCGUAAAAACUAAAGGCUGUGUGAUAAAUAACUCAAGCGCAUACAGUCAAACACCAAAUAUAGAUCACGGUGUUUAUUGUAUGACAAAAGCUGCCAUGGACAUGUUCACCAAGUGUUUAGCGUUAGAAAUGGGCCCAAAAGGCGUUCGUGUCAAUUCUAUAAACCCCGGUCUCAUAGCCACAAAUAUGUAUCGAAAGAAAGAGGUCAAGAUGAAGGAUGAUGCUUUCUUUCAGAAGUAUCUAGAGGAAAACGCCGCCCAGACGCCACUCGGACGGACGGGAUUGCCACAUGACUGCGCCCAGGCCGUCGCGUUCCUGGCGUCCGACGCGUCAAGCUUCAUUUCCGGUGAGACGCUGUUCGUGGACGGAGCGCGCAGCCUGGUGUCCGUGAAUGACGCCAAGCCUAAGGCCGAGGAAACCAUGGAAACAUCUUAAAGAAUUGAAUGAAGGACUGUUCGUUUUAUUAUAUGAGUCUUUGGACAGGAUUUGAAUGAAACGAUAUAUUUGUAGUCAUGUGGUAUUUCGACAGGAUUUAUUAGAUAGAUUAGUGCGAUAUAAAAUAUAAACGUAUGAAAGUAUUCGUGUUCUAAUGAACAUGCAAAACGUAUGACCGAUGUGGGAUGCGUGUAUUUACUUAUAUAAUAGAGUCAUGAUAUUUAGAUUAAACUUAUUUUAUUUACAACGAUUGUGAAAGAAGUUAUUACAGCAUUACAUGUAUAUUAAUCACUCUCGUUGGCACGUUGUUACGCGAGAGUGUGGUCUAGUGUUGUCGGGGAGUACCCGAAGGAAACCCAAUUGUUCAGCUUGGUGCCCAACAGCCAAACUCACAGCCAUGAUAUGUUACUCCUGUUCUUGCUAUUAUGUGCCAUGUGAAAUGAACGAAAGGUUAUUGGACAGUUAAGAAGUCAGUUAGUGUUCACCUAGCUGUUAAAUCAGUGUGUCACACUAUUUUAUAAGUGUGUCGCAUAGAACGCGUGUGAAAUUGUGUCAAGCUUCUAUUAGGUGUGUAUAUGUCUGUUUUCCUCAAUGAUUGUGAAAUGUGUCACUUGUCAAUGUUUUUUGAAAUAUUUCACACGUCAAUAUUUGUGCCAUAUUUCACAUGUCAAUGUUUGUGCCUUAUGUCACACGUCAAUGUUUGUAAAAAAUUUCACAUGCCAGCGUUUCUGAAAUGUUUCACGUGUAUAUGUUUCUGAAAUAUGUCACAUGUCAAUGUUUGUGAAAUAUUUCAAUUGUCAAUGUUUGUGCCUUAUUUCACAUGUCAAUGUUUGUGCCUUAUGUCACACGUCAAUGUUUGUAAAAGAUUUCACAUGCCAACGUUUGUGAAAUGUUUCAUGUGUAUAUGUUUAUGAAAUAUGUCAUAUGUCAAUGUUUGUGAAAUAUUUCAAUUGUCUAUGUUUGUGAAAUAUUUUAUAUGUCAAUGUUUGUGAAAAAUGUCGUAUGUCAAUGUUUGUAAAAUAUGUCGCAUGUCAAUGUUUAUGAAAUAUUUCACAUGAUAAUGUUAAUGAAACAUGUCUUAUGUCAAGAUUUGCGAAAUAAGGCAUGGUUUUAUCACAGCGUAGCAUGUUUUUUGGGUCACAUACUUGAGUACAUAUGUAAAAUAUAUUAGAUUUUUGUGCAUUUUGCUAAAUUUCUCCACAAACGAAUACGUGUGAUAUUGUUCACAAUGAGCAAUUUUACGUUUUUUAGUGCGUGUGUGCGUGCGUGCGUGCGUGUCAUUAUGACAUUAAUUAUACCAUUAUGACAGUCAUAAUAAACCCCAUUAAAAUGUGAAAUGCGCGGCAUUAUAUUGAAAUGCAAUGUGUAUAUAAUAUAUAUAAUAUACUAGAGAAAUCUUUUGUGAACUAUGUAGUUUGGAAUAUUUAGAAACAAGUGUUGUUUAAACGUGCAUUUAGCGCGCCUUGCCGUGCAAUGCAUAUUACAUGUAUAAAGUGUACAAUGUUUGAGUAUCGAUUCUAAAUGAACUUCAAUUCAAUACUCUUUUGACAACAUGUAAUAGUAACUGUCCCACAGUCUGAGCAUUUGAAAUAACAUUUCAGCGCGAGUGAAGUGUUUCAAUAACGAGGGUGGAGGCUGUUUUAUACCAUGUUGUCAUUGACAACGUUCAAUAACUACAGUGUGAAUAAGUGAAUAUCGUUGUAUUCUAUUCGCACGGCACUUAUAACUCCGGCUCUAUGUUAUCGGUCGACAAAUUCAACCCUUUGAACAAACUGUUUUGUACCUAGCAUGCACACACAUUACAUAGCUAUUCCUUUAUACCACAUGAUAGUUUUAGAACGUUCUAGGGCAAGUGUUAAGUUUACAUCACGAGGGUGGAGUAACUGUUUUGUACCAUGUUGUCAUUAACAACGUUCAAUAACUACAGUGUGAAUAAGUGAAUAUCGUUGAAUUCUAUUCGCACGUCACUUAUUACUCCGGCUCUAUGUAAUCGCUCAACAAGUUAAACAUUUGAACAAACUUUUUUGUACCUAGCAUGCACACACAUAACAUAGCUAUUCCUUUAAACCACAUGAUUAUUUUAGAACGUUCUAGGGCAAGUGUUAAGUUUAAAUCACGAGGGUUGAUUACUGUUUGUACCAUGUUGCCAUUAACAACGUUCAAUAACUACAGUGUGAAUAAGUAAAAAGCGUUGUAACUUAUCCGCACGCCACUUAUAACUCCGCCUCAAUGUAAUCGCUCAACAAAUUAAACCCUUUGAACAAACUGUUUUGUAUCUAGCAUGCAUACAUAUAACAUAGAUAUUCAUUUAUACCACACGAUAGUUAUUGAACGUUGCUAUUGACAACAUUGUUCACACAGUUACGUAACCCAUUUCCCUCGUGAUUGAAAUUAUACACUCCCGCGAAGAGUUCGUGUUUAAUUUCAAUAAAUCAGGUUGUGGGCGGAGUAACAAUUACAUACUGUGUUAGAGCACGCACUAAAUACAAUUAGAAUACAACCUUAACUUUCAGCCAAUCAAAUUGCAGAUCGGCAAGUAUUAUGCUUAAUCAUUAAGAAUUUCAUCUUUCGCGGAUUGUUAAAGGUCCGCCCACUGCCUCUCAUCCCAUACACACUCCCUGUGUCCGAUUUUGCGUUGAUAAUGUGUACGCCAAUGAGGUUGUAUUCUAAGAUAGUUAGAUGACCUGAAGUAAUAUUUUAAUGAUUAAGAAGGGCUCGUUCGCUACUCUCACUCUGUGCAUUCUUAAUUAUUAAAUUGUAACUUCAUGGCAUCUUAGUAUUACUAAGAUGACCGUUGUCUAUACGCAAAACAAAGACUGUUUCAUAUUAUAAUUAAACUGCUGAAUGUGUAAAAUUGUGAUCAAAGUUCACUUUGUUGUAUAACAAAAAUAUUUGUAGACAUUAAACAGCAAGUAUGGAUUUUUGAAAUACUUGUCUGAAAAUUAAUAUACGCGAUUUAUGUAUGCUACAUGUUUAUUUGUAUUCGGACAGAAUGUUCUAUGAAUAUUUUAUUAAAUUGUCGAAGUUAUUGUA